AUGCAAGUGCGGGUUCUCGGCUGCACUUUCCUCACGCUGUCAGAUCGUGAGGAAAGUACUGCCGAGAACCGGCAGUUGUCAGAGCGAGGAUCGGCACCGAUCAUCAGGGCACUGAUGAUCAGUGCCCUGAUGAUCGGUGCCCAGCAGUGCCACCCGCAAGUUCCGCCCACCUGUGCCCAGCAAUCACCCACCUGUGCCCAGCAGUGCACCCACCUGUGCCCAGCAGUGCACCCACCUGUGCCACUCUGCAGUGCCACCUACCUGUGCCCAGAAGUGCCACCUACCUGUGCCCACCCACCUGUGCCCACCAGUGCCACCCACCUGUGCCCA